AUGAGCACAGCAACUCUGCGCGGCAGAGCUCCUCUGCGGCGCAAUGUGUCCGCAGUCGAAUCCGUCUCAUCCACCUCGGACAACUCUUCCCUCAGCACACCUACUGAGUCGCCGACAGCCUCGGCAUCCUCCACCUCCCUCUCGUCCAUGGAUUCCGACGAGGAUCUUCAGCAAAAAGAGUCGAGCCGCCAGCUCGUAGACACAUACGGCAACGAGUUUAAGCUGCCCGAUUACACAAUCAACGACAUCCGCAAUGCCAUCCCCAAGCACUGCUUCGAGCGUUCCGCCUUCCGCGGCCUGGCCUACGUCGCUCGUGAUAUGGCCACCUUGGCUGGUACUUUCUACCUCUUCAACGCAUACUGCACACCCGAGUAUGUGCCCUCGUACCCGCUCCGAGCGGCACUCUGGGCCGGCUACACUGUCAUUCAGGGCCUGGUAGGUACCGGUCUCUGGGUCCUGGCUCACGAGUGCGGUCACCAGUCCUUCUCGCCAAACAAGACGCUCAACGACACCGUCGGCUGGAUCUGCCACUCCGCUCUUCUGGUGCCAUACUUCAGCUGGAAGAUCAGCCACGGCAAGCACCACAAGGCUACUGGCAACAUGGAGCGCGACAUGGUGUUCAUCCCACGCACUCGUGAGACACACGCCGCUAAGUCUGGAUUCCUGCUCCAUGAGAUGCAUGAGCUGCUGGAGGAGACGCCGAUCUACACCGCACUCAUGCUCAUCGGUCAGCAGCUCGUCGGAUGGCAAUACUACCUCCUCGCCAAUGUCACUGGUCACAACAACCAUGCCAAGCAGCCAGAGGGCAAGGGCGCCGGCAAGAACAACGGCGACUUCAGCGUCAACCACUUCAUCCCAAGCAGCCCGUUGUACGAGCGUAAGGAUGAGAAGCUCAUCUUGUUGUCCGACCUUGGUCUCUUGAUCACCGGCUCAAUCCUGUUCCUGGUCGGGCGCAACUACGGUCUCACCAAUCUCCUUGUGUGGUAUUUUGUGCCAUACUUCUGGGUUCACCACUGGCUAGUCGCCAUCACCUUCCUCCAGCACACCGACCCAUCGCUUCCCCACUAUAGUGGCGAAUCCUGGAACUUCGCUCGUGGUGCCGCCGCAACUAUCGACCGCGAGUUCGGUUUCAUCGGUCGUCAGAUCUUCCACGGAAUCAUCGAGACUCACGUACUGCAUCACUACGUUUCCACCAUCCCCUUCUACCACGCCGACGAGGCCACCGAGGCCAUCAAGCCAAUCAUGGGACAGCAUUACCGUGCGGAUGUCGAGGGUGGCUCCGUAGGGUUCCUCAAGUCGAUCUACAAGAGUGCGAGGUGGUGCCAGUGGGUCGAGCCAAACGAGGGUGCGAAGGGUGAGAAUAAGGGCGUGAUGUUCUUCCGCAACAGGAACGGCCUGGGUGUGGCGCCUGCGAAGCUCGAUGCUUCAAGCUAG